AAAAAUCGCCAAAUAGCCAUCCACUCCUCUUCUCAUCUUCCCCUCUCUUCCGAAAUUCCGCCGCGCGCCGCCGAUGCGCGUCGCGGCCGCCGCCGGCGAAGCCCCCCUCCUCCUAUGCGCGCCGCCGCCGCCUUCUUCCAUCGACCUCCCCGCAGGCGCCUCCCUCCGUUCUCCCACCUCCGCAAAUCGCGCCGUCAUCGCUCGGGCCGGGCGGCGUCCGCAGCAGCAGCCGCCGCGGUGGUUGAGUUGAGGGCGUCUGGUAAGGAUUUCGGGCCACCCAGAUCCAGGCAGGCAGCGGCAGCAGCAGAAGCCGCGGAAGGGACGCGCUCCCGGCGGACGAGGCGGCGGCACGGCAGAGGCGUCUCGCGUCCAGGCUCGCCCGUCAGCAAGGCGAUUGGUGAUCUGCUUAUGAUUGCUUCUCCCUUGGAGCAACUCCCUGAAGGCCUCACUGAGGCUUGACAGUAUAAUGAUUUUUAUAUCCCUUGGAGGUUUCUACUGCAAAGUGAGGAUUGAUUGUCUUCACUCAUGAUGACAAGCGAUAACGGAAAGGCUCCAGAUAAGGAUGGAGAGCCUUCUGGACCUCCGUCGGCUCCUCAAGAAGGAGAAAUCAGCAAUGAACCAAAAAGGCGACGACCUCUCAAUGGGAGGACCACCGGUCCGACACGGCGUUCCACCAAAGGAAAUUGGACCCCUGAAGAGGAUGCCAUAUUGUCCAGAGCUGUUCAGACAUACAACGGGAAGAACUGGAAAAAAAUAGCGGAAUGCUUUCCGGAUAGAACCGAUGUACAAUGCUUGCACAGGUGGCAAAAGGUUCUAAACCCUGAAUUAGUCAAAGGGCCAUGGUCCAAAGAAGAAGAUGAAAUCAUUGUUCAGAUGGUAAACAAACUUGGACCAAAGAAAUGGUCAACCAUUGCUCAAGCUUUGCCUGGACGUAUAGGAAAGCAAUGUCGAGAACGGUGGUACAACCAUCUUAACCCUGGCAUAAACAAGGAGGCAUGGACACAAGAAGAGGAAAUUACCCUCAUACAUGCUCAUCGAAUGUAUGGAAAUAAAUGGGCCGAGCUGACAAAAUUUUUACCAGGAAGGACGGACAAUUCAAUUAAAAAUCACUGGAACAGUUCAGUAAAGAAGAAAGUCAAUUCAUACAUGUCAUCAGGUUUACUUACCCAAGUUUCGUGUCUCCCUCUAAAUGAAUAUUCUGCAAAUUGUAAUUCCUCACCAGCGAUGACCCAACAAAACAGUGAAGAUAGUGGUUGUUUUGCUGUCCGAGAGGUUGAAAAUUCAUCAGGGUGUAGUCAAUCAUCACUUGCCAAGGUUUCUUGCUCCCAAGUGCAUGAUACUACUGUGCCAUUGGGCUGUGAUUUGCAAGUAAACGCGAAUUUUGACAAGAAUGAAGCACAUGAUUCUCAAUCUUCCAUGGGUCCCCAAGCAUGCUAUACUUCUGCGGAGGCUGUUGCAUCUGCUUUGCCUGCUGUGCAUUGCCAUGUUUCUUCCUCUAACUUGGAUCCAGAUCAACACUUGCAAGAGGACUUUGCUCAAGGACUGAAUUUGGACAUGACUAUAGAUGAAAUGCCAACUGUUCCUAGUUUUGCAGACAACCAGACUGUUUGUAGUAUAGAAAAUCAUGAAAGAUCUCUGGAGCCAUAUGAUGUAGCAAUGGAGGUGCCUCUCUCUAUGUUAUCAAGUGAUUCUGGAGCUGAGCAAAAACUACAUUUCAUGUCUGAGGCUGACUUCAACAGUCCUAACUGUCUGAAAUCUGAACUCUGGCAGGAUAUUUCCUUACAGGGCCUUCUUUCUGGACCUGAUGCAGUUGAAGCUGAUUCAAUUUCAAGAUCAAAUCACCAAUCGGAUGUAUAUUCCUCUGAAGCAGAUACCCAUUUUUUAGCACCACCCUACAUGCCACAGACAUCAAAUUCUUCAAGUGUGAUGGGGCUUGCUGAUGACCAGAGUCCACAGAUGUCAGUACCUCCAUCUCUUAUUUGUUCAAAUGCUAUGACUGAUGAUGCACCUUUCGAUAAUAGACCAGGGCGGAAGGAAAUGCCACUUUCUCAGGCAGAAGUGGUUACCCAAUCUUCCAGUUCUUCUGGUGAUGCUGAAAUGUUUGCUAACCCUGGUUGUAGCAAUGACAGACAUGUUCCUUCUUCAACGAUGGAAAGCAUACCUGAAUGUGGGGACCAACAGGUUACUAAUGCGGAAGAACCUGAAGCCAGUCUAGAGAAAGAACCAUCGCUUACACAGAGUGUGACUGCACCAGAUGAACAGGACAAGGGAGCCCUCUUCUACGAACCUCCUCGUUUUCCAAGCCUGGAUGUUCCAUUUGUCAGUUGCGAUCUUGUAACCUCUGGUGAUCUCCAAGAGUUUAGUCCCCUUGGCAUUCGGCAGUUAAUGCAUUCAACCAUGAAUGUCUGCACGCCAAUGAGAUUGUGGGGCUCCCCUACUCAUGAUGAAAGCACGGGCGUUUUGCUGAAGAGUGCUGCCAAAAGCUUCAUAUGCACGCCAUCAAUACUGAAGAAACGUCACAGAGAUCUCUUGUCUCCUAUUCCAGAUAAAAGAAUCGAGAAGAAAUAUGGGACUGAAAAGGAUCGUGGGGUAUCAGACACAUCCUCCACCGGCAUUCAAACAAGUUGUAUCAAUGCCACUAAAGAUGAUGCACUUAUAACUACAGUUUUGCGUAUUGAGCGAUCUGCUUCUUCUAAAUCUCUGGAAAAGAAACUUGUUUUCUCUGAUGAAAACAAGGAAAAUUUGGGCUACACAACUGAACAGACAAAAGAUGGACAGAGUGCUGGAAAUGACGAACACAUGGACGAGCAGACAACAGGGGAACGCAGUUCUGCAACAAAUGUAGCUACUAAUGAUGACCUGUCAGGCAAUUUACAACCUGCAGGUAUUCUUAUUGAACACAGCGGCGAUGAUCCCAUUUCCCCAGAUUAUGGCAAAAAUACCAUGAAUCAGAAGCUGAACACAAAUGUGAAAUCUUUAUCAGUCUGUAAGGAGGGAGUGUGUGCUAAAUCAAAGCCCACUGAACUCAUCGUGGAGAAAUCUUCACCAUGUAUAAAUGUGGAUUAUGAAUAUGUGAACAUAUUGGCUGAUACCCCAGGUAUCAAAAGAGGACUAGAAUCUCCUUCAGCAUGGAAGUCCCCUUGGUUCGUCGAUAUGCAUUUUCAGGGUUCAUACUUCACCAGCCCAGCUGAUAGUUACGACGCACUAGGAUUGAUGAAGCAGAUAAAUGUGCAGACUGCUGCUGCUUUGGUGGAAGCCCGUGAGGUACUGGCAAGCGGCGGCCAAUGUGACAACAUAAGCUCUGAUAAGGAAAACACGGGGAAUCCAGAUGCCAAGAAGGAACCAGGGACAACCAAAUUGCAAACAAAAAUCAUGGCAGAGGGUAGAGUCCUGGAUUUCGAGUGUACCACACCUGAAAGAUCAUCAGACAAAAAUGCUGGCAGCAAUCUGGGAAGAUAUCUGAGCUCACCUAUUCCUUCGUCCCAUCUUCUGAAAAGUUUUAGAUAGCUUGAUAUACCAUGUGAGGAAUACACCUCAGACUUGCUGUAACAAUCAUUAUGCGAACGAUCUUGUUCAUUACCGUAAAAAAAGAUGCUUCUUGUGACUUGCUCUCGACCUUACAAUUUCAGCCCAGAAGCUACAUUAUUCCGCUCUAUGAUCACACUUCUGGUAGUACUAGAAUAUCUGAUAAUGGUAUAAGUUUACCUGGCUAUUAGAAAUUCUUCAAGUUUAUGCCUGUUAUACUCAAAUCCUACACCUAGAUUUUCAUUUUCAGCUAUAAAAUGUUGAAGCUAAACCAUAGCUUCCAAAA